CCUGGACUUGAUCUGGACACCGAUGGAGGAGAAGAGGAGAGCUGCACAGUAUGAAUCCCCUCAAAGGCAUCCAUUUUUUCCCAAAAGAGAUUAACACAUCAAGUGACCGGAGGUGUGGGCGUCCCUUUCCCUCUUUUCUUCCUCUCCUGUAUCCCUCGCUCCACUACCACUCAUGAAGGCUGUCAACCCUUGUUUCAUUAGGCGCAAAUUCCAGUAACAGCAGGCCUUUGGCUGUUGUGGUGAGAGCGGUGAAUGAGGUGGUACAGCUGGUCCUUCUGGCCAGUAGGGAGCAGAGAUGACAGUGACAUACUCGCGCAGGGUUGCAGACGCCCGUCUGGGAACUUUCUCCCACCUGCUGCUGCGCUGGAAAGGCAGCAUUUAUAAGCUCCUGUACAGAGAGCUGCUCAUCUUCACUGUGCUUUACUGCACCAUCAGUGUCCUCUACAGGUUCCUUUUGGAUAAUGAACAGAGGAGGCUGUUUGAGAAGUUGGCCAUCUACUGUGACCAAUAUGCACAACUCAUUCCUGUGUCAUUUGUACUGGGUUUCUAUGUGACUCUCGUGGUGUCUCGCUGGUGGGGGCAGUUUGAGAGCGUCCCAUGGCCAGACCGCUUGGCUGCGUUGGUGGGGGCUUACGUCCGGGGGGCAGAUGAGGGGGCCCGACUCAUCCGCAGGAGUCUGGUGCGUUAUGCUAACCUGUCUGGUGUCCUCAUUUAUCGCUCCAUCAGCACUGCUGUCUACAAGAGGUUCCCCACCAUAGAGCACCUGGUGCAGGCAGGGUUGAUGACAGUAGAGGAGCGUAGGCAGCUGGAUGACCUGCCAUCUCCUCAUAAUAAGUUCUGGGUGCCAUGCAUGUGGUUCGUCAACCUGGCACUUAGAGCAAGGACAGAGGGACGCAUUAACAACGAUGUAGCUCUCUCUGCUAUUCUAAAUGAGUUAAAUACGCUGCGCUCUCAGUGCAUGAAGCUGUACAGUUAUGACUGGAUCAGUCUGCCACUUGUAUACACUCAGGUGGUGACUGUGGCUGUAUACAGUUUUUUCUUGGCUUGUCUGAUUGGUCGACAAUUCCUUGACCCCACCCAAGGCUACUCGGGUCAUGACCUCGACUUCUAUCUUCCUGUUUUCACAUUGCUGCAGUUCUUCUUCUAUGUCGGCUGGCUGAAGGUGGCAGAGCAACUUAUCAAUCCAUUUGGGGAAGAUGAUGAUGAUUUCGAGACAAACUGGCUGGUGGAUCGCAAUUUACAGGUGUCUCUGCUCUCAGUUGAUGAAAUGUAUGAUCUGGUUCCGCUUGUGGAGAGGGAUAAAUACUGGAAUGAAUCUGAGCCCCAGCCUCCCUAUACAGCUGCCAGUGCUGAACACAAGAAACCUUCAUAUAUGGGGUCCGCACUGGAUAUCAGUGUCCCCAAAGAAGAAAUGGAGUUCCAGCACAAUUUGGAGCAGAUCAAGGAACACGAAGAGGCCAACCACUCCACUCCACUGCUAGGCAGCCUGAGUCGUCUGUUGAGCGGACAGUCUCCCAGUUUCCCACGCUCCUCUCCUUCCUCCAGGGUUUCUCUCCUCCGCCGCCGCCCACGUGCUCCUCUCAGUCGCUUCCCUCUUUACCUGCACCCGGAGGGCACAGUCAUAGAAGGCCACGCCCACAAUCUCACUGAACGUGACAUGGCCGAGUACACUUUCUCCUCAAUGCCCCUCUAUGAGAGACCCGGCUUCUACAGCUGCCCACAGACGCCCAUCCACUGUGUUCCCCCACCCGUGCACAGGCCCCGCCCACCCCGCAGGCCACAGGGCGAAUUGGCACAAAGUGCCAGCUCUCUGGCUCACCCUCUGCUGGGGUCGCAGCAGUUGCCUACUCCUGAUACCCCUGGCCACAUUUCACCUCCACCCUCCUCCGCCUUUCCCUGGGUGGGAAGGGAUGGGGAGCACCCGCCUGCUCCUGCUUUUUCCUUCCCUGACCCUUUGCCCAAACUACGGCCUCCUCAGGGGCUCCUGUGCCAUCGCCCUAUACCCCCUCGCCUCUCUCUGGACACCCCACCCCCAAUGGAGGGGCAAACAGGGCCUCCCAGUGCCCGUGGAGGAGGAGAGAGGGUGUUCUCUUUUACCCCUCCAUCACGAAAUCCCAUCCAGAACAGCACAAGCUCAGGGUGUGUGAACUCGUCCAGUGUGACCAACAGCAGUAACAACGUCAGUAGCAUGAGCAGCCUUUGCAAUGGCACUGGACCAGUAAGCAGUUCAGCCAAUAACCUACGAUCCAUUAACAGAAGCAAUACAGCCCUGACCAGUACAGCUAGUGCAGUUACUCCUGCUGCUCCAGCAACACCGCAAUCAACCAAUCAGCACAACUCAGCCAACGACUCUGGGAUUUCUCUUUCUGAAGGCGAUUUGAUUGGUGGAUUAGUGCAGAGUGCGACAGUGAAAGCCAAUGGAGCUAGGGAACAGUAUUGAAGGGCUUAUGAGGAGGAAAGUGCUAAUACCACAAGUAUAGAGAGUAAGUCUGCUGGUGUUAGUUAAUGAGCAGGAGGAAUAUUAAAAGGACUGAAUACAGAAAUGAAAAUCAGUGACAUUUGAAUGUGGUAGUAAUGGGGUCAUUGGCAUAGAAACAAUUUGUUGUGGAUGUGGUCUCUCCCUAUUCAUAGGGAUGGGAGCCUGGUCUGGUCUGACUGGAAUAAACUGCCCAAAAACACUGCAAAGAACAUAGACUUGCCUUUUAGGACUUUGCUCAGACAAUUUUCACAUUUCAUGCUUUGUUUUGUGUUGGGUGAGGCUGGGUUUUCUUUUUAGCCUUUAUUAAGGCUUCUGCUUUGAAGUUGAUGUUAGUAACAAGAACACACUGAAUUUCAAUGCUAUUAUAGCUAUGAAAACACUUUGCGUUUAACAUCUUGUUAUGAGAACAUUCUAGGAGGGUUGGGAAUAGCUAUCUAUAGCAUUAACUGUGUUUAGGUUGUCAGAAAGCAUUCUGCAAUUUCAGGUAACACUAGUCUCCGGUUGUUUCCCAAAAUAAAUGCUGCUGCACUAAAUAGAAUUUAAAAAAAAUGUACACCACUAUUAGGUGUGAUUCAGUAGCGUAUAGUGUAUUUAACGUUCCAGAAUGUUGUUUGGGAGACAUUAAUGCUAAUCUUUAUUGUAAAUUGUUUUGUCUUAUCUCAUUUCACCACAAUGCACCAAAUAAAUAAAUUAAUAAAUACAUACAACCAGCACAGGUACGUAUAUUUAUCUUGUUUAUAUGUAUCUUGUUUAUUAUAAUUUCACAAAUGACAUUACAUACAGUAUUUUACUGAAUUUGCUACAGUGUAAUUAGCUGAUAGCUAUGUAAUAUUUUAGGGGAUGGGGCAUGAUUUAUUUAUGUAGUUGUAGCUAAUAUAUCCCCACCUCACUCCUACACCUUUGAGGUAAUGCCUCACCUUAUUUCUGACAAUUGUCUUAAUAUUUCUGAUAAUUGUCUUAUAAGGUUUAACCUUUUCAAGACAAGCAACUACAGUUAUGAAAUUCAAGUUAUGGAGGCACAUAUUUUUGCAGUAUUUGCAGGGUAUAUCACUUACAUUCUUAAAAUAAUGGUGCUUUCAUUGGUUAUUUGGGCAGUCGUGGCUCAGUGGUAAGAGCACAUGAUUACUAAUGAUGGUUUUGUGAAAUGUGGGUUCGACAACCUGCCACUGUUGUGUUAUGUAAGUAAUAAAGAAAUCUGAUUUAAAGAACUAA